UUAGCACUCCACUCUUGAAUUAACUUGUUUAUUUACAUUUUGAAGUGAAAAAAAUCAUCGAGGUGAAUAUUCCUGUUGCUACACGAUGCAGGUUACAAGUUCUAAUAAUAUUAAAAUCUAUAAUUUAAGUUCUGGGAAAUCCCUUCCAGACUGGAUAUCAGAAAGAAAAAGACGUCUUCUACAAAAGAAAGACGUUGAUAUAAGGCGUCGUAUAGAACUAAUUCAAGAUUUCGAAAUGCCGGGAGUUAGUACUGGCAUAAAAAUCUCUCGUGAUGGCAAGUUUAUAAUUGCUGCAGGUUUAUACAAACCUAGAAUACGAUGCUAUGAUGUAAACAAUUUGUCUAUGAAGUUUGAGCGUUGUUUUGACGCUGAAGCUGUGCAGUUUGAAUUACUGUCUGAUGAUUAUUCCAAGAUAGCCUUACUACUUUGUGACCGAACUAUUGAGUUUCAUGCUCAAUAUGGGGGCUAUUACAAAACCAGGAUUCCAAAGUUUGGUCGUGAUAUGGCAUACCAUGAUGAAUCAUGUGACUUACUUGUUGUUGGAGCAAGCUCUGAAAUAUAUCGUCUUAAUCUAGAGCAAGGAAGGUACUUAAAUUCUUAUCAAACUGAUGCCAGUUCCAUAAACAAGAUUGCAGUUCACUCAGGUUUGGAUAUGAUAGUCUGUGGUACAGUAGAGGGGAAAAUUGAAGCUUGGGAUCCUCGUAUGCGUCAAAGAAUCUCAAUAUUGGAUUGUGCUAUGUCUUGCAUGGCUGAAAACACCAUAGUUGAUGGUUUUCCGUCUGUGACUUCAUUAUCAUUCAAACAUGGAUUGACUCUUGCGGUAGGGACAUAUACUGGUCAAACUUUGCUUUAUGAUAUUAGGACAAAUAAACCAUUCAUUGUGAAAGAUAAUUUAUAUGGACUUCCUAUCAAAAACAUUGAAUUUAUCAAGAAUGAAGAUCUUGUUGCAUCUCUAGACUCAAAAUGUGUCAAGUUUUGGAAACAAAAUACGGGUAAAAAUUACACAACUAUUCAAACACCUGUGCAUCUGAAUGACUUGUGUAUUGUUCCAAAUUCAGGUCUAUUGUUUCUUGCUAAUGAAGAGAAGAAAAUUCUAAGUUAUUUUAUACCAAAUAUUGGCCCAGCUCCUAAGUGGUGUUGUUUCUUGGAUAACAUAACUGAAGAAUUGGAAGAAUCCAAGCAAGAUACUGUUUAUGAUGAUUAUAAAUUUGUCACUAAAAAAGAGUUGGAAGAACUUCAUUUAGAUCAUUUGCAAGGAACAAAUUUGCUUCGUGCAUAUAUGCAUGGGUAUUUUAUGGACAUCAGAUUGUAUAAUAAAGCAAGAUCUAUUGUCCAACCAGAAGCUUAUAAAGAUGUAAAGAAGAAGAUGGUUAGAAAUAAAAUUGAAAGUGAACGAAGGAAUCAAGUCAUUGUCAAGCAACUUCCUAAUGUCAAUAGAGAAUAUGCCCAAAGACUUCUAGAAAUGAAAGCCAGUGAUAAGAAGGGUGUGACACCAUUGGAUGAUGAUCGUUUUAAAGCUAUGUUUGAAAAUCCUGAUUAUGAAAUCAAAGAAACCGAUGAGGAAUAUAAUCGCAUGAAAGCAGUCAUAGAGAGAGCAGCCAAGAAGAAGAAAGGUUUUACUGUGUUUGCCAAUAUGGAUCAAAUGGAAGCUCUAAAGGAUGAAGAUAAAAAGAAGGAAGAUUAUACCUCUUCAGAAGAAGAAGAAUCUGAAGAAGAGGAUGAGCCUGAAGAAGAUUUGGAGGAUGAAUCUGAAGAAGAAUCUGAAGCUAAACAGAAACCGUCUUUCAAGGCUGUUGAUUCAGAUAGGUUUAGCUUACUAAACAAGGAUAAUGAAGAAGAAGAUAAAAUGGUACCUAUUGAAGAAAGGUUGAGAAAUUUUACUUCAUCAGCAAAAGCAACCGAAUCUAAAGGUGGCAACAAAGAGUUAACCUUUACGCUAAAAAAGCAUUCUGAGAAACAGAGUAAAAGGGAAGAAGAAAGAAAAACUCAUCUGAAAGAGCGUGCACAAUUUCGCAGGCCAGCGAAAUACAGACGGAAAUAAUCCGCUUAAAAAUCAUUUUAAUGUAAUUGUAAAUAAAAGUUUUUAUUUAUGA